GGCGCUCACAUUUUUAGGGCUCUUAGUGGGUUUGGGGUUUGCGAAAUGGGGGGAGAAGACGAGUCGCUGCGCGCGGAGAUCUCUCGUCUCCAGCAGCGCGUGGAGAUGCUAGAGCAGAAGCUGGCUGAUCGAGAUCGCGUGCCUGUGAGGAGUGCGGCGGCGGAGGAUUUGCGGUCGGCUUACACGACUCAUGGAUUGAAUUCGUAUCAGGUCUGUCGAUAUAGCAGGCAGCUCCUCGUUCCGGCCUUUGGCAUCGCAGGCCAAGAGAAGUUGCUAAGUUCUUCCAUUUUGGUUAUUGGCUGUGGAGGGUUAGGCUCUUCUGCCGCAUUAUAUCUUGCUGCCGCUGGUGUUGGUGUUCUUGGGCUUGUGGACCGUGAUACUGUGGAGCUAAACAAUCUCCAUCGCCAGAUCAUCCACUCCGAGGAAGCCAUCGGUACGUCAAAAGUGAGGUCCGCUGCUACGUCUUGCAGGAGGAUUAAUAGCUCUCUAUCCAUUUUGGAGUUUCCAAAUGGAUUUUCCGCUGACAAUGCAUUGGAGAUUGUGAGAAAGUUCGAUGUGGUCGUCGAUGCUACGGACAAUCUCCCGAGUCGCUACCUCAUUAGUGACGCCUGCGUUGUUGCAAGGAAGCCAUUGGUAUCCGGCGCAGCACUCGGUCUAGAUGGCCAGCUAACUGUUUACAAUCACAAGAAUGGACCAUGCUAUCGUUGCUUAUUUCCUGUCCCACCUCCUCAAAGCGCUUGCCAAAGAUGUUCUGAUAGCGGAGUACUUGGUGUUGUGCCAGGAAUAAUUGGCUCCCUUGAAGCUCUAGAGGCAAUCAAGCUUGCAAGUGGUACCGGGGAGCCACUUAGCAGCAGAAUGCUAAUCUUCGAUGCGAGCUUGGGAAGGUUCCAAAAUAUCAAACUGAGAGCAAAGAAUCCAAGCUGUGUGGCGUGUGGAGACAAUCCGGAAAUCACUGAAGCGAAUUUUCACAACAUGAACUACGAGGCGUUUACCGGGGUUGCCAUGACAGAUGAGGCUCCAGUUCGAAAGCAAGUGGUCUCUCUUUCCAAUUCCCUGAGCUGCUUAGAGCUGAGAAAACGCAUCGAAGAAAAAGUCCCUCACGUCCUGUUAGACGUCCGUGACGAGCACCAGUACGCCAUCAGCGCGCUGCCACAGUCGACAAACAUUCCUCUCUCGCAACUCCAGAAGAACAGCCAAGAGCUCCGCGAUAUCAUACUCGACGACGAGAAGAUGCCAGUCUUUGUCAUCUGCCGGAGGGGGAAUAGCUCUCAGGAAGCUGUGGAGCUGCUCAGAAACUCUGGAGUUAACGCCUUGGAUGUCACGGGAGGACUUGAGGCGUGGUCCAGAGAGGUAGACUCCAAGUUUCCUUUGUACUAAAUCGUUUUUUCUCUACAGGAAAGCUCAAAGGUCUUGGUUUUAUUAGAAACAA